UGUACGUAACUUCAAAAGGAACGCAAUGGAACUAUCAGUUAUCGCUUUGCUCCUGCUGGGAUUUGUGAACUUUUCGUGGCAAAAUGAGCGCACACACAGAGUCAGGACGUCUCUUGGAGACAUACGCGGAUAUUAUAAGAUUUCUCGACAUGGUAGGAAAUACGAGGCGUACGAAGGUAUUCCCUAUGCGCAACCGCCUGUUGGAAAACUUAGGUUCGAACCACCGCAGCCCGUACAAGAAUGGAUAAAUGAGUUACCCGCCGUGGAGAAAGGUUCUAUUUGCACCCAAUAUGAUAUAUUAUCUACCCCUCAAAAUGGAGACAAAGUUACGGGAUGUGAGGAUUGCUUAUAUAUGAAUAUUUAUAUACCGUUCAGGAAUGGCAAUGAAUCCUUGUUACCAGUGAUGUUUUGGAUUCACGGAGGAGGUUAUCAGUUUGGUAGCGGAAACGAAGUUAACGAAACGCUUAUAAUGGACCGUGAUGUUAUCCUGGUCACGUUUAAUUAUCGUCUAGCAUUCUUUGGCUUUUUCAGUACCGGUGACAGUGUAGUACCUGGAAAUAUGGGAUUGAAAGAUCAGAACAUGGCUUUGCGUUGGGUGCAUGAUCAUAUUAGAAAUUUCGGUGGCGAUCCGAACCAAACAACUAUUUUUGGUUUCAGUACAGGUAGUGCUAGCGUCCAUUAUCAUUAUUUGUCACGCUUAAGUGCUGGUCUUUUCCAAAGAGGAAUAUCGAUAAGUGGCGUGGCACUCACUCCUUGGGCACAGACAAAAUAUGCUCCUGACAGGGCUAAAAGAUUCGCAGCUAUUUUAGGAUGUCCAACACGUAAUACAAAAGAAAUGGUCGAUUGUCUCCAAACUCGUCCUGCGCGAAUUAUAUCGCAAGCUGUUAGCGAACUGCCUGAUCAUUGUGUACCUUUUGGACCAGUUGUUGACAAAUAUGGACCCAACCCUUUUAUUACACGUUCGCCAAUCGAUAUUAUCGUUAGUGGCGAAGCAUACGAUGCUCCCUGGAUUUCUGGAGUAGUUAGCGAAGAAGGAUUAUGCAUCUCAGCAGAAUUCGUUGGUAAUGAUCAACAGUUGAAGCAGUUGAACGAUGACUGGGAUAAUAUUGCACCAUAUUUACUUGACUAUAACGAUACUCUUCCUCUUAAUCAACAUAAAGAGGUUGCGGAAAAAAUUAGGAAGUAUUAUUUGGGAUCUGAACCUAUUGACAGUAACACAUCAUUGUCGGUGACACAUAUGAUAGGUGAUCGGAUGUUCGCCGUUGAUUUUCAGAAAGCUGUCAUUUUGCACGCAAAAAUUAACAAAAGUCCGGUGUGGACUUAUUACUACAGUUACAGAUCUAUGCAUAGUGUUAGUGAAAUUGUGAGUGGUGGUUCUACCAAGAACUUUGGGGUAAGCCAUGGAGAUGAUGCAUAUCUUGUGUUUGAUACUAGAAUUUCAAACGUUUCGAGGCCGAAUGACUUAAAAAUGCAACAAAUAUUGCUCGAUUUUUACACGUCAUUUGCUAUAGAGGGUAAACCACGUUCCGGCGAUGUUCAAUGGCAAACAUUAGAUCCCAAUGAAAAAGAAUUUCAAUAUCUUCAUAUAGCUAAUCCACGAAACAUAAAGAUGGAAACUAGUAGCGACUUUGCAAACAUAAACUUCUGGAAUACGAUCGAUUUUAAUGAAAACAAAAUAACUGGGCAGGAGUAACAAAGAAGAAGCAAAUAAACUUAGCUGCUAUUUCCUAGCUGUUUAUUUUUAGCAAAACUAUUAACCAUGUAUGUGAAAUAAAUCAGCAAAUUUUU